UGUGGGCAAAAAUAAUGACGAGGUCCAUUACCGUUUGCCGACGCCGAUGCCGGAUUGUAAUACCACGAGUGUUAGUUUUUCAUGUUUAAGCAAUUAUUUAUAUUGUAAUCAGUGAUCGAUUCUCAAAAUGUACAGAAACAAAAAAGACGUAGACAAACACGUGGAAAGCUUGAUGCAUAAAUUGUCAUCGAAAGACUUCAAAACAAGAGCCUUUUCCGUAGCACGCUUGUAUUAUGAUGUUGGAGAUUAUAGAAGUUGCCAGAAAUAUGUCGAACAGUAUCUUGGUCUCAAAUCCAAUAAUGCAGCAGCUCAUAAACUUCUGGGACAGGCGUUUUAUAAACUUGGAGAAAAAAUGAAGGCUCUUGAACAAUAUACAAUUUCUUAUGAUUUAGAUCCAUCCCAAACUAUAACACUUCUUGAUAUUUGCGAACUUCUGGCUAAUGAGGAGGGAAUUAUGAAUUUAGGUCGUGCAAAAUACUGGUGUGAGAAAGCUGAAGCUAUAUAUCCCAAACAUCCUAUUACAUUCCGACUACGUGAAAGACUUCUUUCUGAUGCUAAUUCAGACCCAGAAGCAUUGGUGAAAUUAUUAAAAACUGAAUUAGAUGCAAGACCAAAAGAUGCAGUACUUCAUGGAAGACUGUUAAAACACUAUUUACAGUCUAACAAAAUAACAGAGGCUUUUGACCAUAGCUGUGAUAUUGAAUUUGAAAAAAACUUCUUCUCUGAUAAUUAUGCUUGGUAUGAAUGUCUUUCUGAAGUAUUGAAAUAUAACAAUCUGAAACAAAACAACUGGUUAUACCAGUUGCUUCUAUUAACAGUCAGAGAAAGACUUUGUGUUUUGAGUUUAACUGAAGUUCCAAAUGCAUCUGGUAAGAAUUUGCUAGAAUGCAGUGAUCUUCUAAAUGCCUAUGAUCAAGCACUAGAUAAUGUUGCCAAGUCUGGGCAUGCUGAAAGUUUUGGUGAAUUUCAUACAAAUAUUUUACAACAUCACAGAGGACAAAUAGCAUUUCAUGCUGCAACAUUGUUACUUAAGAAAGCAAAAAAAAAUCAAACCAAUUGGAGAGAGGUAAAAAAAUUUGUAACACCCUUAAUGUUAAUUGCUUGGCAAACAGUCCCGCUUGAUUUAAAAGUGAACUGGCUAGUACAUGCUCCUCAAAAACAACAAAAUGCAAUAAAAAGGUGGUAUGUGGAAGGAUCAUACAGAUGCUCCCAGUCUGGUCAUUAUUUACUAUCAAAUAUUCAAGAUAAAAGUCAAAUUAUCUUAGAUCAAAUAUCUGAAUUAUGCUCAGGUACGAAUUGGAAAGAUAAACUUUAUGAAACUUUAUUUACAACACCGGAUCAAUUGUCAAAAAAGAACACUUCCUAUUUAGUAUCCAAGUUAAUGACUAGUCCUGCACUAAGGUUGCCAAGGAAGCUUGAAGUUCAGGCAUAUGAUGAUGAUGCACAGAGAGAAUAUCCCAGUAGUCUUCAUCACUUUGUCUGGAUGCUUUUAAAUUAUAAAAAUUAUGCUGAUUUCAAAUGCACUUUGUUUGACAUGCUUACUCCCAAUAUGACUAGCUGUGGACCUGAGACCUUGAACAAAAUAGAUGUCUUAGCUUUCCUAUACAGUACAACAUUAACAACUCGUAGACACAGGGAUCAUAGCAAUAACUUCCAUUCUACAGAAAAUGUAAAACUCUUACCAGCAAAUAUAACAGAUUUGUUAUGUUCCCUACCACAAAUUAAGUGGUGGGACUGUGCUUACAAAUUGAGUCAAAAUGAUUUAGGUUUUGAUCAUACAGAUAUCCGAUCAACAUUGAGUCGUGGUAUUGAAGUUAUAAGAUGUGUUGAUAAUCAUGGUAUAGACCCAGAAUUACUUUGUAUGUUAGGUCGAAUUUUUAAUGAAAUUGCUGAUAAAUCAACUACUGUAGAUGAAAAAUCUAACUAUGAACAAAGGGCAUGUGUUUAUUAUUCAUCUGCAAUUAACUUACUUCAGAAAAUUAAAGGUAAAGUGACACUUAAGUUACCCGAUAAGAAGAUGUUUGACUACCCUCAAAAAGAAUAUGAGCCAAAGGAGUUGAAUAAUUUAUUAGAGGAAAGCAAGCUUUAUGUAGCCCAAUAUAAUUUUAAAGAAGGAGAAUAUGAGAAAGUGAUUGGAUUAUUGUCGAAUUCAAAAUCUCCAGAAGCCUAUUAUCAUCUGAGUCAAACAUAUGUGAAAAUUGCUAAGGAAGAAAAAAAUUUAUCUAAACAUUCAGAAAGUGAUAGCAAAUAUAGAAGUCUUUUAGAAAAAGCUAAGGUUUUUGCUUACAGAGCACUUGAAAAAGUCAAGGAACAGGAUAUGUAUAAAACCAAUUCUCUAUAUGUAGACAUUCAAGAACUUAUUGAAGAUCUAGAAAGUUGUCUCAAUAAAUGUUCAGAUCUUUCAGGAACACUUAUGAAUGAUGAGUCAUCUGAUGAAAAUAUUAGUGAUAUUGUCUCAUCGCGUACUAAAUCUAGUGUUUAUCGAAACAUAAGUUCUACGCCAAAACAGAUGUUAAGACAUCCUCAUAAUGUAAAUGCUACAAAUUAUCGAACUGCAACUGAUUCUCAUAUUUUAGAUAACACGCAACUUGAUAAUUUGGUUUUGGAACGAAUAGAGAAUCAAAUAAAAAAUUUGCAGAAAAGAGACUUCAAUAUUAAUAACUUUAUGGAACAAACCAAGGAUUGGUUUGAUGAAAAUAAGAAAUUGAGCAAUCAAAUCAUGAAUACAAUUAAAACAAAUAUAGAUAACACUACUGAACAGUUCAAACUGCUUAAAAUAUCGGUAGAUCAAGUUAAAGAACAAAUAGACGAGUGUAGAAGUGAAUGCAAGGAUGUAGUUGAUAUGAAGAAACAAAUUGCCGAAUUAAAAAAAGAAGUGAAUAAAUUAAAGAAAUCUUCAUCGGAACAAGGCAUUGAUGAAAGUGAUGUUUAUAAUAUAGAUGAUGACUAUAGAGCCAGUGAAAAUACGCCUUCAUUUGCUGCUCAACUGCCCUUUGCUGCACCACAGCCUUUUGCACCACCAUUCGCUCAACGUAUUGCUCCACCUUUCCCAUUGACGUCUAAUCCAUACCAGUUCUAUGGACAAAAUUUAUAUAAUUUAUACAAUCAAUAUUCACAAAUUGCGCAAUCUUCUACUGUACCUGGAGGGCCGCCUUUAUUUGAUCCCACUAGAGCUCAUAUGAAUUAUCCAGGAGUAUUUCCAACACCAGAUCAAAUGUAUCUUGAUGUCGCACAUCUGGUCCCUCCUACAAUACCUGCAGCUGUUAGUGUACCUCCCGUACAUAAUGUGCCUGCUGUUACUACUGUGGUAUCCACGUCAACUUCACAAUCAUCCGCUGCGAUUCCAACAUCAAAAGCUAAACAUGAAGUAAAAGAAAGUAAUAAGAUCAUUCCAGCAAAUGUUGUGAUUACUUCUUCAGAUCCGUUACCGACAACCAUCUCCGCUCCUGCGCCAGUACUUAGUGUAACAAUACCGCAAAAACACAUUAAAGGAAGUCCUCAUAAUUACCAAAUUUCUAUGCCCACUUCUAAUGUGACAAAGGCAGUACCACGCCCUGUUUUUACUUUUCCAACAACAAAUACAUCAACGAUUGCAGUAACUCCAAUGACAACCAAUUGGAAUAUGAAAUCUAUAUUCAAACCGGAUAAUCCUGUAACCACGUCUACUGCGGCAAAUUCAUCAAAGGACACGUCGACGUGUGUCGUAGAUGGAAUUUUUUCACAAUCCUCUCCAAAUACAAGUCUUAACAAAUCCAGGACCUUAUCAGAAAAAAGUAAUACGUCUGUUGAAAAUUAUGAUCCCUGUCCUGAUUUUAAACCAAUUAUACCAUUACCAGCUGAAGUUAAAGUAACUACUGGUGAAGAAGAUGAAUCAGUCAUUUUCAGUGCUAGAGCAAAACUCUUCCGUUUUGUAGAUAAACAAUGGAAGGAAAGAGGUAUCGGUGAAAUGAAAUUACUCAAACAUAAAGUUACAGGCAAAGUCAGAGUUCUAAUGAGAAGAGAACAAGUACACAAAAUAUGUGCUAAUCAUAUCAUACUACCUGAAAUGGAAAUAAAACCUAUGAAGAAUGAAACCAAGGCGUACUUUUGGGUUGCAAAUGAUUUUGCUGAGGAAACUGUUAUUUUAGAAAAAUUCUGUAUCAAAUUUAAAACGCCGGAACUAGCAAAAGAAUUUUACGAAACUUUUGAGAAAGCUCGAAAAGAGUCUGCAAUUGAUGUAGUGUCUACGGAAAUAAAGACAGUACAACCGACCAAAAGUCAAAUUUCAAGUUCAACUGUUACCGCAGGAACAGACGGCAAAACCGUUGUUGGAGGUUUUACAUUUAGCAGCAAACCAUCUUUUAAGACCGUGACUGAAGAUUCAAACACUCAGCCAAAAGUAACUGAGGCACCAACAACAAAAGUCAAUGUUUUUACCGGUGUUACAUUUAAAACAGCAACUUCAUCACCUUUUUCAAAUUUAAGUACUACUACAAAUUUAACGAACACGGUCAAAACUCCGGAGAGUACAGUUACUUCUAGUAAAUUAAACAACUCUGACGUGGUUGAGGAAUUUGAACCAACAGUUGAUUUUAAGCCAGUCAUACCGCUUCCUGCUUUAGUAGAUCAAAAAACUGGGGAGGAAGAUGAAAUUGUUUUAUUCGAAUAUAGAGCAAAAUUAUUACGAUUUGAUGCUUCAAUAAAGGAAUGGAAGGAAAGAGGCCUUGGAAACAUAAAGCUCCUGUGCCAAAAGGAAAAUAACCAGAAAUUACGAUUAUUAAUGCGAAGAGAACAGAUAAUGAAAGUUUGUUGUAAUCUCUCGGUUACAAAAGAAAUGGUAUUCCAAAAGAUGCCUAACAUGGAUAAAGCAGUAACGUUUUGUGGCAAAGAUUUUUCAGAGGGGGAACUGGUUCCCGAAACAUUCUGUUUGCGUUUUAAAACAGUACAAGCGUGCGACGAUUUUAUAAAUGCUGUUAAGACAGCUCAAUCAAAAAUCGGAGAGGACACAAAAGCCGUUAAGGAGGAGCAAAAUGCUGCCAAACAAAACGUUCAAGUUGGUUUCGGAGAAAAGUUUAAACCACAACCAGGUUCUUGGGAGUGUAAAGAAUGCUUAAUACGAAAUGAAUCUGGAAAAGAUUACUGUUGUGCAUGCAAUAGUCCCAAAGAUCCAACUGUAAAGAAAGCUGAAAACAAAUUAGAGCCAGUAAAUACACCAAAGUUUAACUUUGGCAUUCCAUCUCAGGGCGCACAGACUGCAGUGAAUACGAGUGCAGCUACGACUGCUACCGGUUGGGGAGAUAAAUUUAAAGCAAAAGAAGGCACAUGGGAAUGUUCUCAGUGUUAUGUUAGAAACAAAGGUGCCAAUGAGCGUUGUGUUGCCUGUAAUAAUCCCACAAAUCCAGAUAUUUCAACCUCCAAACCUGAUGUUAAAUUUACAUUUGGAAUCACGCCAAAGACCAAUGAGGCAACAGGGCAAAAUACAAAUAAUAUCCCAAAAUUUAGUUUUGGAAUACCACAAGAGAAAACUGUUAGUUUUGGUAUCCCUACAACAAAAAGUUCUAAUGUAUUCAAAGCUCCUGAGCAAGCUAAAGAGAGUGAUGGUGUUCUCGAUCUAGGCAUUAAAAAACAGGAAGAGCAAAAUAUUAUACUCACUCCAACAAAACCUGCACUUUUGCCAACUCCACAGACAAAUGUGACUCCAUUUGGCAAAGAAAGUGGUACUUUUGAAUUUUCCUUCAACCAAAAAAAUGUGACAAAGGGUAAAAGCCCAGUAAAAUCACCAAAAGAUAAGAAGGACCAUGAUAGUGACGAUAAUGAAUAUGCCUCCGAAGAUGAAGGACAUCAUAUACAUUUUAGUCCAGUUAUACCAAUGCCUGAUAAGAUAAAAGUUGUGACUGGUGAAGAAAAUGAAAUCGAAUUAUAUGGACACAGAGCGAAAUUAUUCAUAUUUUCUGGAUCAGAAUGGAAAGAACGCGGCAUAGGAAUAGUGAAAAUAUUAAAACAUAAAGAAACUGGAAAAUUAAGAGUGCUAAUGCGUCGGGAACAAGUUCAUAAAAUAUGCUUGAAUCACGCUCUUAAUAAAAAUAUUACUUACCAACCGAAAGAUGAAAAGUCCUGGUUCUUUUUUGCGAAUGACUUCAGUGAAGGAGAAAUUCUUCUUCAAAACUUCUGCCUCAGAUUCCAAAACAAAGAGGUUGCAUUACAGUUCAAAGAAGCAGUUGAUAAUGCUUUAAGUGGGAAAUCUGAAACAUCAAAAGUUGAUGCUGAUAAUAAGUUAAAUAAUUCUGAGGAUGUCGUUUUUGUAAACGAAAUACAAGCAUCAAAUGAAGACAAGCAGAAAGCUAGGGAUCUUAUGUUACCUGAAAAUUUCUAUAACUAUGUGAAUAAGGAACCAUGUCAGGGAUGCAGAGGGUGUGAUGAUUCUGAUAAAAUUCCAGUAUCAAACAAAGUGACAUCAAAAUCGAUAAAGCCAGAUCCUGUAACGACAACUCCUCUGAAGACGUCGUCUGCAUCCAAUUUUCAGAGUCCAGUUAAUUCUUUGUAUGGGACCCCUACAAAUCUCGACCGAACAAUUGAUACUACUGUUUUUAGAACACCGUUAGGAGCUAUUGGGUCAAAUACAACUACUGUUUUUGCUAGCUCUGCCAAUAAUAGUGUUGUUGAACAGGACUCGCCUGAUAAAGAAAAUACUUUGACUAACAGUUCAACUUCAGAAAACUCACAAACUCCGGCGACAAUUAUUAGUGGCAGUCAAGAUUCCUCCUCGUCGGUCAACCCACCAGCCACCAAGUCUUGGAUUUUGGCUCCACCAAAAUUAAGUGUACCGAAUACAGCAAAAGAGACUACUGAUAAAGAAGAGUCUAAAAGUUUGUUUGGUUCCACCAAUAAGACAUCUAUGUUUGGUGAUAAGAAAUCUGCAUCCUUUGAGAACAAAUCUAUAUUUGGCAGUGGUGGGGUUUCAACAAAUAAAUCAAUAUUUGGAUUUAAUCUACAAAACAAUAAGGGUGAUACACAAGCGUCUGAGAGUGGCUCCAUAUUUUCAUCUGACAAGCCCGUUAAUUUAUUCAGCAGCUCUUCAAGUGGAAGCAUAUUUGGGCCUGCAGCCUUAAAAUCUAACCAGUCGACUCCUCCAACAGGAUUUUUUUCUUCUGUGGGUACAUUCACCUUUGGAUCACAGAACAAAGAACCCAUUUUUAGUGCAAAGCCUGCAGAUGCUGCUGCUUCUGAAAAAAAUACUGUAAGUGACAAGGAUACUUCUCCCAGUGAAACUCACGAAUCAAAGAAGGAUACACUUAAAGAAGAAAAAAGCGUGUCCGAUAACGCUCCCGUCAAAGCUGACAAUGCUUUAUUUUCAGCAUUGUCAUCGAGUGGUCCUGGAUUUGAUCUCAAAAAACAAGCUAAUUUCCAGUGGGAAGGUGCUGGCCAACAACUUUUCUCAAGCAUGACUAAAAAAAGUGGUAAAUCUGGAAAUACAAAUGACGACUCUGGAGGCGGUGCGGAGGACGAGUAUGACCCUCAUUACGAACCGAUCGUGCCUCUACCCGACAAGAUCGUAGUCACGACGGGUGAAGAAGAUGAGGAAAAACUGUUCGGGGAACGCUGUAAACUUUACCGCUUCGAUGAAAAAACGAGAGAGUGGAAGGAGCGCGGUGUUGGAGAGAUGAAACUCUUAUAUCACCCUGAAAAGAAAAGCUACAGGUUACUGUUACGAAGAGAGCAGGUGCACAAAGCUGUGCUGAACAUGCUGCUGUUCAUGGAUCUGCAGCUACUGCCGACGAAGAACUCGGAGACCUCCUGGACGUGGGCGGGACGGAACUACGCUGAGAGCAGCGGAGAACAGGAGACGUUGGCUGCGAAGUUCAAGAAUGUGGCCAUCUCCACCGCCUUCCACAACAAGGUCGUGGAGUGUGUGAGGAAACUACAAGCUGCAGCAGCGGAAGCGAUAAGACAGGAGAAAGAUAAACAAGAAACGGAGACUAGCGAUGGAAUCACACCGUUACGACUGCCAAAACAUCUAAUGGAAACUUCGCGCGCAGACAGCACUUUGUUUGCCUCGUCAUCGCAAUCAUCAGAAAAAGAAGGAACCAGAAGAGAAAGUUCCCAAACGGAUAGCAAACAAAACGGCCAAGUAACCAGCUCGCAAGACGCUAAUGAGUCGUUGAAACAAGUUCACUUUGAAGAAGAUCAAGUGGACUACGACGAUUGUAAUUAUGACCAAGAGGACUAUAACGAACAUUCCGGGGGCUAUUAUAAUGAGGAUGAAGAGACAGCUAUGUAUUUCCCGUGCAAGGCGGUGGUGCGUCGUGGAGAUGAGAUCACUUCAUGUGAGGACACACACGUUCAGGUCUCCUUCGACCAAGACGUCUGCUCGCCCAAGGUCAUGGUCACGGACACCAACACCGGGGAAAUACUCGCUGACAUGCUCAUACACGCAGACACGGAAUUCCAGUUGACCGAGGAGUCGUGUUCGUGGACCGGCAUGGACUACACCAGUAACGUAUCGGUAGAGAAGACGGUCACCAUAACGUUCGCUGACUCCAACCUCGCUCUGGAGUUCUACGACCUGUGUGAGACUAGCAAAGCUUCGACGGACGCCUCAACAGAUCCCGAGUCAUAGACGUUAACUUAAGAUAUUAAUUGAUUAUGUUUUGUUUGUUUUUAUAUAUGAAAGUAGCAUUAUUUUCUCUUCUUUAGUCUCGCGGACUUAAAAUGUGUUUAUUAGAAUUUAUUUUAUGUUACCUCUAAAUACUAUUACACAUUAUUUGCCAUUUUUAAGAAAAAUAAACGUAUAUAACUUAGACCUUAGCAUAUUGUCAAUAGAAUGUAAAUGUAUCUUUAAAUCUAAAAAAGCAUCAUUGAUAUGUCUAUAACGAGAAGGGUGUUCAAAUUUCCUUAACUAUGCUCCAGGUCUGAGCAUGUUAAUUGAGAAUAUUCUUUCGUAAAAUUAAUACUUUUUUUGCUUUGUAUUGUGUAAAUGAUUAUUCAUUUGAUAUAGAGGCAGGCUGCAUUAUCUUUAUAUGCUUAUUGAGGGUCAGUGAAUGAACGAUUUAUAAGAGAAUUAAUAUUAAUUAACACUCACUGGCA